AUGUCGGUGAACAUGGAGGAGCUGCGGCACCAGGUCAUGAUCAACCAGUUCGUGCUGGCGGCGGGCUGCGCGGCCGACCAGGCGAAGCAGCUCCUGCAGGCGGCCCACUGGCAGUUCGAGACCGCCCUGAGCACGUUUUUCCAAGAAACCAACAUUCCCAGCGGCCACCACCCCCCCCAGAUGAUGUGCACCCCCAGCAACACGCCAGCCACACCGCCCAACUUCCCCGACGCCCUGGCCAUGUUCUCCAAGCUGCGCGCGUCCGAGGGCCUGCAGAGCGGCAGCCCCAUGACAGCCGCGGCCUGCUCGCCCCCCGCAAGCUUCAGCCCCUUCUGGGCCUCGUCCCCGCCCAGCCACCAGGCCGCCUGGAUGCCGCCCUCCUCCCCGACGGCCCACAGCUUCCACCACCUCCACCACCCACAGCCCACGUGGCCCCCCGGAGCCCCACAGGGGGGCGCCCCGCAGAAAGCCAUGGCCGCCGUGGACGGCCAGAGAUGA